AUGGGUCCCGACUUCUCGCGCGGGGAGUACGACUGCGUGGAGGGCUACUCCAGCUGGGAGUCCGGCUGGUCGCUCGCGAAGAAGAGGGGGACGUGGUGCUGCUUCCACGAGGGGCGCGGCUGCGUCGCCCCCGCAGGGGCCCCCGCGCCGCCGCCGGGGACCGCCAGGCCGUCGCCGACCCCGGCGGCCAGGGCCAGCAGGACCAGCUCGACCACCGCGAUCAGCGAGACCGCCUCGACCACCUCGCUGGUCGACUGCCAGGGCGCCAGCGCCGCGGACGAGAAGGCGUGGUCCCUCACCGACAGGAAGUACUGCUGCAUCAUGGCGAGCCGAGGCUGCGAAGACAUCACCACGGUCGUGACGACCACCACCACCGAGCCACCCCAGUCGGCGGAGUACGACUGCUCGGUUGGGGUCUCGUACUGGAACGAGCUGUGGUCCGUGGAGAAGAAGGAGGGCAUACUGCUGCGAGCAUCGGCAAGUUGCCUGCCCCGAGACCACCCCGGCGGCGCUGUACUUUGA